UCUUCGCCACUUCCCUUUCCUAGUACCAUCAAGCUAGGGGAGGUGCAACGGUGGGCGGGUCCUAGCGGCGCGGCCUGACCUGUCUCAGACCGUAGGAGUCUGUGAUUCCUAGCUGGUGGAGUCUUGGGCGGGACGCACGCGGUACGGUGCAAGAUGGCGGAUGCAGAAGUUUCAAAGAAAUCUCCAAAUCUCGAGUUUGUUUCUUGUAGUAAUUACUGUCCCAAAGAAGCAUAAGAAGAAAAAAGACCGGAAGCCAUUACAAGAAGACGAUGUAGCUGAAAUACAACACGCGGAAGAAUUUCUUAUCAAACCAGAAUCUAAAGUGGCUCAAUUAGACACUUCUCAGUGGCCCUUGUUACUAAAGAAUUUUGAUAAGCUUAAUGUAAGGACAACACACUACACACCUAUUCCUUGUGGUUCAAAUCCUUUGAAGAGGGAGAUUGGGGACUAUAUCAGGACAGGUUUCAUUAAUCUUGACAAGCCCUCUAACCCCUCUUCCCAUGAGGUGGUAGCCUGGAUCCGGCGAAUACUUCGAGUAGAGAAGACAGGCCACAGUGGCACACUAGAUCCCAAAGUGACCGGUUGUUUAAUUGUGUGCAUUGAACGAGCCACUCGUUUGGUUAAAUCACAACAGAGUGCAGGCAAAGAGUAUGUGGGAAUUGUCCGGCUGCACAAUGCUAUUGAAGGGGGUACUCAGCUUUCUAGGGCCCUAGAAACUCUGACAGGUGCCCUGUUUCAGCGACCCCCACUUAUUGCUGCAGUAAAGAGGCAGCUUCGGGUGAGGACUAUCUACGAGAGCAAAAUGAUAGAAUAUGAUCCUGAAAGAAGAUUAGGAAUCUUUUGGGUGAGCUGUGAAGCUGGCACCUACAUUCGGACACUAUGUGUGCACCUUGGCUUGCUACUGGGAGUUGGUGGUCAGAUGCAGGAACUUCGGAGGGUUCGAUCUGGAGUCAUGAGUGAAAAGGACCACAUGGUGACAAUGCAUGAUGUACUUGAUGCUCAGUGGCUGUAUGAUAACCAUAAGGAUGAGAGUUACUUGCGGCGUGUUGUUUACCCUUUGGAAAAGCUGUUGACAUCUCAUAAACGUCUGGUUAUGAAAGAUAGUGCAGUGAAUGCAAUUUGCUAUGGGGCCAAGAUCAUGCUUCCUGGUGUUCUCCGAUAUGAGGAUGGCAUUGAGGUCAACCAGGAGAUUGUGGUCAUUACCACUAAAGGGGAAGCUAUCUGCAUGGCUAUUGCAUUGAUGACUACAGCAGUGAUUUCUACAUGUGACCAUGGUAUAGUAGCCAAGAUAAAGAGGGUGAUCAUGGAGAGAGACACUUAUCCUCGAAAGUGGGGUUUAGGUCCAAAGGCAAGUCAGAAGAAGAUGAUGAUCAAGCAGGGCCUUCUGGACAAGCAUGGUAGACCAACAGACAACACCCCUCCCACCUGGAAACAGGACUACAUUGACUACAGUGAUUCUGUCAAGAAAGCACAAGUUGGUGAAGCAUUACAAGCCCCUCAGUUAGCUGCUGAAGCAGUAAAAGUCAUAAAAAGGAAGCGGGAGAGUGAAAGUGAAUGUGAUGAGACCCCUCUAAUAGUUCCCCAAUUGGUAAAGAAGGAAAAGAAGAAUAAGAAGGAUAAGAAGCCUAAAACUGUGCUAGAAAGUGGGGGCGAGGCUGGAGAUGGGGACAGUGACACCACCAAAAAGAAAAAGAAGAAGAAAGUAAAAGUGGUGGAAGAGAUGUCUGAAUAGUAAGGCCACUUGAAGCAUUAUGUCCAGCUAGGAGGAGAAAUGAAAGCCUUAUUGAGAAAACAUUUUGUUGAGGGAGUAGAACAGAGGUCCCAAACAGAGUACAGAGUUCUGGUAUACUUUAGCUGCCACUUGUGACCUCAGUAAUUAGGGUGUGGCCAUCUCAUCCUGUCCUGUCCUGUUUUAAGGAUAUGAGAGAUGAGGUUUUUGCCACUGAACCCUCUGCUUGCUUGAGUGGGGAAGCACACCUUCAGACAUAGCACUGCCUAGUUAACUGCAGCUGUUUACUAAUGGCCAUUUUAAACAAUGUCAUAGAUAGUCCUCUCCUAGUUUGCUUUUUUAAUGUUUGUAAAAAUUAAAUCUGCUAAAUAAAAUGGCAUAGAACCUUC